AUGGCUAGGACAAAGCAAACCGCCCGUAAGUCCACCGGAGGAAAAGCUCCCCGGAAGCAGCUGGCGACCAAAGCCGCCCGGAAGAGCGCCCCGGCCACCGGCGGAGUCAAGAAGCCGCACCGUUACCGGCCCGGUACUGUGGCUCUUCGAGAGAUCCGCCGCUACCAGAAAUCCACCGAGCUGCUUAUCCGCAAGCUGCCCUUCCAGCGCCUGGUCCGGGAGAUCGCCCAGGACUUCAAGACCGACCUGCGCUUUCAGAGCUCCGCCGUCAUGGCUCUGCAGGAGGCCAGCGAGGCGUACCUGGUCGGACUCUUCGAGGACACCAAUCUGUGCGCGAUCCACGCCAAGAGGGUCACCAUCAUGCCCAAGGACAUCCAGCUGGCCCGCAGGAUCCGCGGAGAGAGGGCCUGAACCGGGACCGCCCACACACCCGAACCGGAUCAGACCACAA